AUGUCUCUCACCCUCAAGCUCUCCUCCCUUGUUAUCCGCACCUUGUCAAAGCCGAUCGCCAACCAAAUUAAGGCCCAAGCUCGCGAACAUGAACGUUUCCGGCGCAUCUGCGUCUCUAUGGCGCAAGGUCUCCACCGUAUCGACAUGCGUCUCCGGCUAGGCAACAUUCGCGACAACGCCGCAUCGCAAAAACGAGCAGCUGCUGAAAGGGAGCUCCGAAAGCACAAGCCCACGUCCCCAACGGUAAAGACGGAAGUAGAGGCAAAAGCGGAAGAGGAAGCCAUUGCGAAAGCCAAAGCGGCGGCAGAGGAGGCAGCGAAGCCGGCACCGAAACCUCACAUUCGACCAUUGUCCGAGUCCAAGGCCAUCGAGUCCGGUGCCACAUUUAUCAGCGAAACAUUCUUGUUUAUUGUUGCAGGAGGACUGAUUGUCUUUGAGUCAUGGAGGUCUCGGAGAAAGGAAACAACCCGCAGGGAGGACGUUGAGACUCGACUGGCUGAGCUGGAGCAGUCUGAGAAGGCCGCCCGGCUAGCACUGUUGGCCUUGGAGAAGGAGCUGCUUCAACAGAAGGCCAAGCAUGGGGAACUACCAAAGUCCUCCUCGAGGAUCCUACCACGCGAGGUGUGGGACGUGAACCAAGAGGAAGAAGUGAAGCCAGCCGAGGAGCCGGGCUUGCUGUCGUGGAUUACGUCGUAUCUGCCUUGGGGAGAGAGUCCGGAACAACGGGCAGAGUCUGUGAUUAAGGAGAGCAAGAGCGCAGCGAAGCAACCAGUUGAUGCACCGACAUCACCGGCAUCGAAACCAGCCGAACCGGAACCGAAAGCGUCAGAGCCGAAAAAGGCUUGA